UAUCUGAAUAUAAUUCACCACCAGUUAUGCGAUCACAUUUAAGUUCAAGAACUCCAACUAAAACCAUAUCACCGGCAAACAUAAUCAUGGAAAACAUAGACUGCAAACUAAGUUUACCACCGCCAUCAUACCCUAAUUUUAAUCAUAUAAG